AUUGCAGCGCGACUCACAUUCCUACCCACAACUAUGGAUUAUCGGCUCCCUGUGCGUACCUACGACGUAGCUUCUAGGCUGAAGCAUGAAUUGGGCACUAUGCUCCGUUUCAUAAACCUCAAAGCUCGGAAUUCCCGACCCACGAGUCGGAAGUUGCAACUGGAACGCCCCCUCAAGUCGAAAUCUCGACUCGGAAGGUCCGACGAACCUCACUACCCCCGACUUCGAAAUGCAAGAUGGCCCUUCCGUAUACCAACAGUAGUGAAAGCUGUAGUUUUUACUGUGUCGUACGCAUAGUACAGUCCAGUCUUUAGACGUUUUACUACGGCGUUGCGACGGCCGAGCUUAAUGGAACACGGCCCUAGUAAUUGAAGGUUUGGGUUUUGUCGUCACUGUAUUGCUCGUAACUGUUGACGUUCAUUUAGCAGAUGUUUCUUCUAAAUACUACUGGAAACAAACCAGGGACUAUAGCCUCCAAUUCAAAAGAGACACUCAUUAUACCCACGUCAAGUAUGCUUUCGUGGUCUGUUUGCGCGUUGUUAGCGGGGUUUUUGAGUGCGGCCGCGUCUCUGUCUGCAAAGCUGUCCCUUGGUGCAGACUACAUAAGAGAUGUGUGUAAGUUAACUAUGGAAAAAUACGGUGGAACUACAGAUUGUGACUGGCUCCACGCCCCCCUGCGGCUGCUGUGUGGAGCUCUGCUGUUCACCUGCAACACUGUCAUGUGGACGUUCUUCUCUAAGGCUCUCCGACACUGCUCCUCUACAGCCAGAGCUACAGUGAUUACCACUGCGUCCAAUUUCAUCUCCUCAGCCCUCCUGGGAAGGCUGAUUUUUGGAGAGACACAUGCUGUUCUAUGGUGGACAGGCAUCUCUGUCACUCUGUGUGGACUGUUGCUGCUUCAUGUAUCCACACCUCAGUCUCCCCCAGAGGGGGAGGGAAAAAAGAAAGAGUAAUGUCAGUAAUUUUACUUGUCCCAUUUGUGUGGCCUCUGCUCUUCAUUUACGGUCACAACAACCUUUGGUCAACCAAGAUGUUUAGAAUAUAUUGUUAGCUCAUAGUGGUGACUUUGUCACUGAAUUGAGAUUAUAGCAGGUUUUGGAUUAAUAAAAAGAAUCGUAAUUUUUUAACUAGUAA